CCAGCAGUAGUAAAGUCUGCAGAGACUGCCCCCUUUCCAGAACAAGCCUCGUCGAAAAAGUUGAGAGAUGAAGUCAGUCGUUACCGUAACGCAGUAGAAAGCGGUGCCUUCACGCAGGAGGAGUUCAUGGUGCGUGUGUGAGAUGAAACGAGAGAGACAUGCCAGUGGAAAUACUCACGAUGCAUCCAAACCCAAUGCCGCCGUAGGUCGGUCCGAUCACAUCCAUACGUUUCUGGCGACUCAUUGAGAGACGCCACCGGUGUCGGAGCCCAGCGAUGUGGCUCUGCACGGUUUACAAUGAGACGGACACCAGCGUGGACUUCCGGCUCUGCCAGGACUUUGGCCUCAUCCUGUCGGUCUUCUCCCUCAUCUACCUCCUGGUGUGCUUCCCAUUGGGGCUGUGCUACAAUGUGCUGCUUGUCGUGGUCAACCUCUCCAACAAGGUGUCCAUGACCAUGCCGGAUGUUUAUUUCGUCAACAUGGCCAUCGCGGGGAUUGUCCUCAACCUGGUGGCGCCCGUGGAGCUGCUGAGCUCCACCUUCACCCGCUGGCACGCGUGGGAGUACAACAACGAGGUCUACAUCACCCUGCUGAUCCUCUUCAACAUCUCCUCCCUGGUCAUCAUGUACUCCACCACGCUGCUCAGUCUGGACUACUACAUCGAGCGGGCGCUGCCGCGUACGUACAUGUCCAGCGUGUAUAACACCAAACACGUGUGUGGGUUCAUCUGGGGCGGCGCGGUGCUCACCAGCUUCUCCUCGCUGCUCUUCUACGUGUGCAACCACAUCUCCACUAAGAUGGUGGAGUGCUCCAAAAUGCAGAACAAGGAGGCAGCAGACGCCAUCAUGAUGUUCAUCGGCUACGUGGUUCCAGCUGUGGCCGUUCUUUAUGCCUUCGUGCUCAUAUUGCGCAUCAGGAAGGAGUCUACACCUCUGGACCAGGACUCGGCUCGCUUGGACCCUUCCAUCCACAGACUGCUGCUAGCCUCAGUCUGUGUACAGUUUGUACUGUGGACCCCAUACUACAUGACCCUGUUGGUACACACUGUAGCCGGUGCACCAGGGUACAUUAGCAACGCACAGUACUUACCUACAUACUAUUUCCUGAGAUGCGUGUCUAAGCUGCUGGCUUUCUCCAGCAGCUUCGCGAUGCCUCUCAUGUACAGGCAGAUGAACAAGAACUUCUCCAACAAGCUUCAGCGGCUGCUCAGGAGGCUGCACUGCAGAGACCAGUCCUGCCCUCAUGAACGCUCCACAGUGCAGCAAGUGGUGACGUGAGAUCCCCC